GACCUACUAGCAGCUGCAGAUGCAGACUCCAAGCACGUUAGAUGCUUCCCCUCCAUAGACUCCGCCUGGCACCUGUGUUUGCUCUGUUUGUACCAUUUUACUGCUCCGUACCAAGAGUCCAAGUGGCACAAAUUCUGGGCCCGUUGUCCAUCACAAACAAGACGUUGAUUUAUAUCUUGGGACUACAGCUUUUUACCUCUGGUUCCUACGUCUGGAUUGUGGCCAUAAGUGGACUUAUCUCGGGCGUCUGCUACCACAGUGGAGUGUUUCAGGUCCACCGGGUUCUCUGCGUCCCCAGCUGGGCGGCAAAGUUCUGCUCCUGGACUCUCGAGCCCAUCUUCUCGUCCUCGGAACCCGCGGCCGAAGCCAGGAUCGGGAUGGGGGCCACGGUGGACAUCCAGAGACAGCAGAGGAUGGAGCAGCUGGACCGGCAGCUGAUGCUCUCCCAGUUCGCCCAAGUGAGGAGACAGAGGCAGCAGGGAGGAAUGAUCAAUUGGAAUCGUCUUUUCCCUCCUUUACGUCAGCGACGGAAUGUAAACUACCAGGAUGGUCGGCGGUCUGAACAACAAGCAUCUCCUCCUCUAGAGGUUUCUGAGGAGCAGGUGGCGAGGCUCAUGGAGAUGGGAUUUUCCAGGGGAGAUGCUUUAGAAGCGCUGAGAGCUUCAAAUAAUGACCUGAAUGUGGCCACCAACUUCCUGCUGCAGCACUGAGGGUCCUGGGCAGCGACACGGACUGGCCACGGGGGGCGGCACCGUCCCCGCCACUCAGUCAGCCUGAGGCCACGCGCUCUGGCGCUGACCGUCCCCGUGUUCUCAUGGGCGAAGGGUGGUCCCCGCUGCUCCUCCCUGAAUUCCAAGAUCACUAUUGUUAAAAGAGUAUCAAAAAUAAGUUUGCCAUUAAAUUAGCAUGUAUUUUCUGUCUUUAUUUUUUUAUUGGGCAUUUCCCUUAGUUUGGAGAAUCGUCACUUGUUCCUAAUGUGUUUAAAAUGCAUUAACAUUGCAGGUUUCUGUAAGCAGUUGAAUAGCAUCCCUGAUGGGAAAUUACUGCUAUUGUAAUAUUAUUCUUCUUGGCGGUCACGGAUCCAUCCACGUCAUCUCUGAUCAUAAAUGCCCCCACUGGGGAAAGGGGUAUGUUAUUCAGGAAGAACAUGGCAAAAUAUUCCUAUGGACUUUUUCUCAUCACUAUUUUUUUCCUCAAAUUUGCUUUCAAGCCACAGUGGCAGUUUCGUGCCCACUUUGCGGGGGGCGAGCAGUCCGUAUCUUGGAUGGGCAUGGGUGCGGAGGGAGAGAUGGAGCCAAACCCGCCCACACUGUCCCAGCCCGUCUCAGUCCGGGAGUCUUUCCUACUCCCUUUCCCUGACUUCCAUUGAGAAAUACUGAUUCUCAAGUACUGAUGCAAGGCUCUGGAGAACCCUGUGAAACUUCUUGGGGUUCCUUUUGCUCAGAAUAUCUACAGUUAGCCUCUCAGGUGGAAACGGGAGGGAAGAAGGGGCUCAGCCCUGGAACUUCUGGAGGCCCGUUUUCCCGGCCCCGGGGGUGACCAGGAUCUCAGCGAGAGGCAGGACACGGCCGAAGGGAGGUGGGGGUGGGACAGGCAGUUGUGUGACUCUUGUGUUCUGCAGAAUGAGCAGAAAUGUAUCAAAUUGAUGCAAAUUUGGACAAGUGUAAUACUUAUAAUAAAGUUUUUAAUGUGUUUUA